AACAGGAAGCCCCGAAGGGUCAAAAGAAAUACAAAAGCAAAGGCUGUUUUUUUCUUUUUAUUUUUUCUUUCUUCUCGCUCUUUUCUGUCUCGCUCUCUCUCAGCGCGAGCGGCCUUUGCGGCGGCAGUUUAGGGUGGGCACCGCCGAGGUGAGGGAGUCUUGCCUCCCGCGCUCUAGUAGGGAGAUUCUUCAUGGUUCUGAGAAAGGUAGACCUCUGUUAAGACCACUGCCCUGGUUAUCAGUCGCUUUCCAAGAAAGUCAAGCUGCUGCUUCAGAUACUGAAAACCGCUUAACUGGUGUAUCGUUACCAGCGGUACAGUCUGCAUGACAUCACUGAGGCUCCUUGAAUACCUGACAUUCUCCAUCUGAAUCUACUUGGAAGCCAGAGCAGACUGAUUAUUCCAUUAUGGAUGGAGGAGAUGAUGGUAACCUUGUCAUCAAAAAGAGGUUUGUGUCAGAGGCAGAACUAGAUGAACGGCGCAAAAGGAGGCAAGAAGAAUGGGAGAAAGUUCGAAAACCUGAAGAUCCAGAAGAGUGUCCAGAGGAGGUUUAUGACCCUCGGUCUCUGUAUGAAAGACUACAGGAGCAGAAAGACAGGAAGCAGCAGGAAUAUGAGGAGCAGUUCAAAUUCAAAAACAUGGUAAGAGGCUUAGAUGAAGAUGAGACCAACUUCCUUGAUGAGGUUUCUCGGCAGCAAGAACUAAUAGAAAAGCAGCGAAGAGAGGAAGAGCUGAAAGAACUGAAGGAAUACAGAAGUAAUCUCAACAAGGUUGGAAUUUCUUCAGAAAACAAGAAGGAAGUGGAGAAGAAACUGGCUGUGAAACCCAUAGAAACCAAGAAGUUCUCCCAGGCAAAGCUGUUGGCAGGAGCUGUGAAACAUAAGAGCUCAGAGAGUGGCAACAGUGUGAAAAGACUGAAACCAGACCCUGACCCAGAUGACAAGAAUCAAGAGGCCUCGUCCUGUGUGUCUCUCGGAAGCACUUCCCUGAGCGGCCCCUCCAUCCACUGCCCCUCUGCAGCAGUCUGUAUCGGCAUCCUCCCGGGCCUGGGCGCCUACUCGGGGAGCAGCGACUCUGAGUCCAGCUCAGACAGCGAAGGCACCAUCAACGCCACUGGGAAGAUCGUCUCCUCCAUCUUCCGAACCAACACCUUCCUCGAGGCCCCCUAGCUCCUCUGCGCUUAGCACAGGGGGCUCCUCCCCACAAGUAGUUGGACUGGUCAUCCUACCUGCAGGCAUUGCCUCCCUCCAAAAACUCCCUCGUCUGCUUCCUGUACACACCACGACAUUUUUAACCUACCCUAAAAAUGUGCCAGAAUCCACUUGUGGCCCGAAUUAUGUUUGGUUUCUCUUUUCUACUCCUGUGCAGGUGACCAGACCUGCCCUGCUGCCCUGCUCACUGAUGGGGUCGGGCGAGUGCAGAGCUCAGCAGAAAUUCCUGGGAGAACCGGUCACCAGCUGGCUUGCAAAGAGCUUGGGUUUUACCACUUUGUUGUCUUCCUUUCCCAACAGCACAAAGAAGUAAGGGCAGUAAUUGGACAGGUCUUACUUACCCAUUCUAUUGUAGAUGAACACAUUGUUUGAUUCUGCUUCCUUAUGGAGCAAGUGGGCAGGAGCAGUGACGCAGGUGAGGAAAUAGAGCUCACCCGGCUGAUGGUAAAGGUGAUCCCGUGCGCCUGCGGGGCUGACCGUAGCCCUUGGCAUUCAUCCUGAGGCUUUCUUACUGUUGGGAUUCUUUCUCCUUUCUCCAUCCAGCCCCUCUUAUAGGGGCGGGGGUUGGGGGUGGGCUGCUAAGAAGAAAGCUGCCAUCUCCUACUCAGACCUUUCUCUGCCUGGCAAGUUAUUUUGUUUUUGUUUUUGAAAUAAAGGAUUUUAGUUUAAGAUCCUAAACCUUAGAGAAACAAACAUAAGCCUUAUUUAAUCAUGGCAGGAAAUCGGAAGUGCUGCUGGUAGAUAAUGAUGAAAUGAUGUGUUUCUGGCAGCUCUGGUACCCUCAUAUUGCAGACUAGUGGGACAUGCCUGAAUAUUAUGACUGUACUCUGAGCACUGUUUAAUGCAUAUUAUAGUUGUGGCUUUUAACGGUGGAGGCUGUUUCUAGCCUAAAGGUGCUUCCCAGAGCUUUGUUUCCUCUGCUGCUCCUCCCUUCCCAAACAGCAGCCCUGAGACUGUGAGCAGUCAAGAAUUAGAAGUACUGCUCCCCCUCUGUGUCUCGAAGGGCAAUGGGCUCAGCUUUUUGGGAGGGAGGCAGAGAGGGAGAGGACAUAUGGAAGCCUCGAGGACCGAGGUAGAUACGAACUUUAGAAACAUCUGUGCACUCCUCUGCUUCAGAAGAAUGAGCCCAUACUGUACUUUCUUCUCCUUGGUUCUUAACACCCAUUGUUUCUAUGUUUUGGGGUGUGAGACUGAGCGAGACACACACAGAAUGUGUUGACUCUGUGAUGCCGGCAGGCAUAGAAGCUGUUUAGUUUUAAUGUGGGCAGAGGCCUCUGGAUCGGAUCCAACCCACUCCUUUUCCCCUUCCAAUGCAGUGACACCCUGGUGCCCGUUGGCAGAUGGUGACUUCCUUUCACCCAUAACUGAUGCCCUGUGAAUUCUUCCUCCUUUUCAGAACUACUCUGCUAAUUGUUCUUGACUGUCAGUACAGGCACGUCAGCUCCAUCCUACAAACAAGACAUUUAGGUAAAACUGUGUAGGCACCUCGUGCUUCUCUGCUUCAUUGUUCCUGUGAUCGUGCUGUCACUGUUACAGCACGUACCCAAAGCAAGCUCACAUCAUCUCAGGAGGCAGGCCAAGGAGUCAAAGUCACCGUCUUUAUGUGGUCUGACUCGUAAGAGGCCGUUACUGCACCUCGUGGCCUCAGCGGCCUUGAUACUGUAAGAAGUUGACAGAGGGUUACAGGGAUUA